CUAAUUCAUAUUGGUUUUUCUUUUGUUUUUUGUUUAAUCUAACAGUCGGUUUAAUAUACAAAUAUUUUCCAGCUGUUUAUACAUUGAUUUAAUUGUUGAAGAUCGAGUUCAAAACACUUGGCUGCGAUGAGUUAAUCUUUAUAAAUAUAUAAGAGUACUGCGGAAAGAGUUUCAGUCACCUGUAUUCCUCUUUUCCAACAUGAACGUUAAGCUCUCGAUAUUAUUCGUUUUAUUGUGUGGAUUUUUUCACCUGAAUGAAGCCCAAACCACGGACUGUUCGAAUACGUGUAUGUUACGUGCAAGAUGCAGUCCCUACUAUAAGGAUCUGGUCUGGGCAAUAGUAGAUCGGGUUUGUCGAGUUUUCCAGAACGGCUGUAUCUUUGGGAAUGAAAACUGCAUGAGGGUCAAUCAAUGCUUGCCACCCAUGGUAGCCACUUCAAAGGAGGAGUGCAUGCAGGAACCAUACUGCCCAAGGUGGUGUUCUCGGGGCGGACCUCCAGUCUGUGCUUGGUUUCCCUAUACCCACAGCAAUGGAACUACUGGUGGGCGGGACAUGGCAUUCGGAAGUCGCUGCGGACUGGAUAUGUACGCCUGUCGUAAUGCUCAAGCCUAUGUGAACGAACCGCGCAUUGGACGCUGCGACUAAAAAGAAUAUUUAAAUGGCUGACAAUAUUGACAAUAAAAAAUGCGUCUUUAAAGUGGAUCUUAAUUACACUCCAAAAACUCACAACAUUUUUAAAAUCCCGCAGGCCUUAUUAUUGCAUUGUUUUUCUUUAACAAAUAUUAAAUUGACACAAUAAUUUUAAUUACAUAAAGAGGAACCUUUUGUAUCACCUGUGUUCACAAAAACUUAAUUGC